ACUGUUUUCCUUUCUCUCACUUUCUUCCCCCUCCUCUCUCCCUCUGUAAACCCCUCUCUGAGUCUAUAUAUAUAUAUAUACACACACACGCAUACUUACACAUAUAUGUCUUAAAUGGCGAAAACCAUCGGCGAUCAUCGACGUUAUUCGACACAAAACCAGAAAGUCUGCUCAUUAUCAAUCUGAUCUCUAUAUCUAUGAGUAAAUUCGAACUCACUACAGCGAAAAUACAUCCUUUGCACACUUGUUGAUGUUCAAUCAAAGCUUUCAUUUUUUAGCUUUCGAUUCAUAGUUCUGGUCAUGAAAUUAACUUAUUUAAAGCUCUAACACCAAAAAGAUCGAAUCUUUAUCACUUUUUUGAGCUCUUAAACCAGUUUAUUAUUGUUAAUUUAAGCUCAAAGUCUGAUUUUUGAACAGUUUUAGUGUUUUGUUAUAUAUGUGUAAUAAUUACUGAUAGUUAAUCAAAGAUGAUGUCUGAUAUCGGAAUGCGAUCGAUGCUUCAAAGCAACGAUUACGGCGAAGAGUUAGGGUUGUUGCUCAGAGAGCAACGGAGACAGGAAGUGAGUGAUCGAGAGAGGGAGCUGAGCCUGUAUCGUAGUGGUUCAGCUCCUCCGACCGUCGAAGGGUCGUUGAGUGCUGUCGGAGGUUUGUUCGGCCAAGGCGGUGGUGGUGGCGGCGCCUCGGCGUUUGGUGGUGUUUCGGAGGAAGAGCUGAGGUCUGAUCCGGCGUACAUUUCUUAUUACUAUUCGAAUGUGAAUCUGAACCCUAGGCUUCCGCCUCCUUUGCUUUCGAAGGAGGAUUGGAGGUUUGCACAGCGGUUGCAAGGCAGCGGAGGGAGCUCCGCUAUUGGUGAUAGGAGGAAGGUGAAUAGAGCAGGUGAUGAUGGAGGUAACAGCAGGUCGCUGUUUACUUCUCAACCGGGGUUCAAUACGAAGAGCGAAGAGAACGGAAUUGAUUCCGCAGAGUGGGGUGGUGAUGGACUCAUUGGAUUGCCAGGGUUGGGAUUAGGAAGUAGAAAGAAGAGCAUUGCAGAGAUAAUUCAGGAUGAUAUGAGUCAUGCAACAUCUGUAUCUAGGCAUCCUUCUCGUCCAGCUAGCCGAAGUGCAUUUGAUGACAAUGUUGAAUCUUCUGAAUCCCAUUUCUCUCAUCUGCAUCAUGAAUUGGCAUCAGUGGACACUGUACGUUCUGGUGCAAUUAUUCAAGGCAUUCCUUCUCUCCAAAAUAUUGGUGCAUCAGCUUCUCAUACUUAUGCUUCUGCUUUGGGUGCCUCCUUGUCUAGAAGUACCACUCCUGACCCUCAGCUUGUGGCUAGGGCUCCUAGUCCUCGCAUUCCACCUGUUGGAGGAGGAAGGGCUUCCUCUAUGGAUAAAAGAAGUUUCAACGGUUUAAACUCAUUCAAUGGUGUGUCACCCGGUAUAAGUGAGACCACAGAUCUGGUAGCUGCAUUGUCUGGAAUGACACUAUCAAAAAGUGGUAUGAGAGAUGAAGAGAAUCAUUCACUCUCUCAUAUUCAUCAUGAGAUUAACGAUCAUCAGAACCUCUUUCAUUUGCAAGGUGAUCAGAACCAUAUUAAACAACAUUCAUCUUUAAAUAAGUCUGAAUCCGGGAAAUUUCAUCUGCAUUCUGCUUCACAAUCUGCCAAAGGAUCGUAUCCCAAUAUGGCUAAAAGUAGUGGGGUUGGAAUGGAUCUGAAGAAAUCUUCGCCGAUAGCUGAUGGACAAGUUGAACUUCAUAGACCUGCUGUAUCCUCAGCAAACUCAUAUUUAAAGGGAGCUUCGACACCAACUCUCAAUAACGGCGUAAGUUCACCUCCUAACUACAGGAAUUUGGACAGCCCAAAUUCAACAUUUUCAAACUAUGGCUUAAGUGGGUAUGCCAUUAAUCCUGCAUCACCAUCCAUGAUGGGAAACCACGGUGGUAACUUUCCACCUUUAUUUGAAAAUGUUGCUGUGUCGGCAUUGGGUGUCUCUGGCAUGGACUCGAGAGCAUUGGGUGGAGGUUUGACUUUAGGACCAAAUUUAUUGGCUGCAGCAGCAGAACUGCAGAAUCUUAGCAGAGCCGGAAAUCACAGCGCAGUGAAUGCUCUCCAGGUGCCCCUUGUCGAUCCCUCGUAUCUUCAGUACUUUAGAUCAACGGAUUUUGCUGGUGCGCAGGUUGCAGCGUUGAAUGACCCAUCUAUGGAUAACGAACACAUCAAUAACCCAUACAUGGAUUUACUUGAAGUUCAGAAAGCGUACCUAGGGGCAUUACUUUCGCCUCAGAAGUCACAGUAUGGCCUGCCCUACCUUAGUAAAUCUGGUAGCUUGAAUCAUGGUUACUAUGGUAACCCUGCAUUCGGUCUUGGCAUGUCCUAUCCUGGAAGCCCAUUGGCGGGUCCCUUUCUUCCAAAUUCACCCAUUGGAUCAGGUAGUCCAGUCAGGCAUGGUGAGCGUAACAUGCGUUUUCCUUCCGGGAUGAAGAACUUAGCUGGGGGUGUCAUGGGAGCUUGGCACUCAGAGGCUGGUGGAAACCUGCAUGAAAGUUUUGCACCCUCAUUACUAGAUGAGUUUAAGAGCAAUAAAACUAGAUGUUUUGAGCUUUCAGAAAUUGCAGGUCAUGUGGUUGAGUUCAGUGCCGAUCAGUAUGGAAGUCGUUUUAUUCAGCAGAAACUUGAAACGGCCACAACAGAAGAGAAAAACAUGGUUUUCCAUGAAAUUAUGCCUCAAGCUCUUACUUUAAUGACCGAUGUGUUUGGUAAUUAUGUGAUACAGAAGUUUUUUGAACAUGGAACUGCGUCUCAGAUAAGAGAACUGGCCGAUCAACUCAACGGGCAUGUUCUGACCCUUAGCCUUCAAAUGUAUGGCUGUCGAGUGAUUCAGAAGGCCAUAGAAGUUGUUGAGUUGGACCAGCAAGUUAAAAUGGUUGCAGAGCUUGAUGGUCAUAUCAUGCGCUGUGUACGUGAUCAGAAUGGGAAUCAUGUCAUCCAAAAGUGUAUUGAAUGCAUACCUCAAGAUGCUAUUGAAUUCAUUGUCUCGGUAUUUUAUGAUCAAGUUGUGACCCUGUCCACCCAUCCAUAUGGUUGUCGUGUCAUACAGAGAGUCCUGGAGCAUUGCGGCGACCCAAAAACCCAACAAAUAGUGAUGGAUGAGAUUUUACUUUCUGUUUGCAUGUUGGCACAAGAUCAGUAUGGGAACUAUGUUGUUCAGCAUGUGCUUGAACAUGGAAAGCCACAUGAACGCACUGCUAUUAUUAAUAAACUAAUUGGGCAAAUAGUUCAAAUGAGCCAGCAGAAAUUCGCCUCCAAUGUUGUAGAGAAGUGUUUGACUUUUGGAACACCUGAAGAGCGCCAGAUCCUGGUGAAUGAGAUGCUUGGCUCUACUGAUGAAAAUGAGCCGCUUCAGAUCAUGAUGAAAGAUCAGUUUGCAAACUACGUUGUACAGAAAGUGCUGGAAACUUGUGAUGACCAGCAACUUGAAUUGAUUCUUAACCGAAUAAAGGUUCAUCUGAAUGCUCUGAAGAAGUACACUUAUGGAAAGCACAUAGUUGCACGUGUAGAGAAACUCGUUGCCGCUGGGGAGAGGAGGAUUGGCAUUCUGGCUUCAUAUUCCGCCGCUUAGAUGUUGUAGGAAGGAAGUUGUACAGCUAACUGAGGCUAGUAUGAGUACUCUCUUUCUUUUUUCUUGUAUGUCUAGCUAUGGAUCUGUCUGUUCAUUCAGAUGGAUAGGGAGUCAUUUGAAAAUAAAAAAUUGUUGGUUGUACUUAAAAUUGUACAUUGUCUUAAUUGAUGAUAUACCUAGAAUCAGGCUAGCUGAGGCUCAGAUGGUGAAUACACCUGAUGCCCCGCAGAGGAGAGAUAAAGUUACUGUACAAGUUUUAAGGGUGUAAAAAGGAAGAAAUUGUAUUGAAGUUGUGAUCGUGACUGUACAAAUGUCGCCAAGUGGAGUGCCUUUGGCGUUUAGAGGUCACAAAUUUUCUAAUGUAUGGGAUUGAAUAUUUAUGUUUUUAUAAACUUUUUCUUUAAUAUGGCA